CGUGUCGCUUAUCAACACUGUCAUUCCGAUAGGCAGCCGGAGUCAGCAAGCAGCUGUUCUUCGAUAUAUAUUUGACAAUUUCUUUUGUAUAGCCGCGCAAAUUACACAGAGAUUGGUGCUCCAAAGAAAACGGCUAAUACUGAGUAGCAUGUUUAGUAUUUUCAACUCGACUUCAGCCUGGAAUACUUCAGAACAGUCAAAUACAACUAAUUCUCGAGCCAGCUUGGAAUCAUCAGUUCAAAUGGAGAAUUCCACCAUAUAUAAUGAGAGCGACAGUAACUUGAUUGCGAACAGCACCAGCAGCAAUAGCAGCUCCAACAACAGCAAUAACAGCAACAACAGCAACAGUACACAGUCUACACCAUCGUUUCAGGACGUGUCAGGAGCAGCCAGGCAGCUCAGCCUGGAUCAGGAUUCGAUUCUGGAAUACGGCGCAGCUUCGACUCCGAGAGUCGUGAGUGCUCAGCGCAACCGUCGUUCAGUGGAUAUCAGCCAGCCAAUUGAUCUCGUAGAUCUGUCCGAUUUUAACGUUGAUUUCAGUUCCCGCAUCAGAGCAGCUCGAUAUGUAGCACCCAAUGCCAUUAUUGAUUUAUGCACGCCACCUCGCUUUGCGGGCUUCGUAAAUCUGUCGGAUACCGGCGAUCAACCGGCGACUACUGCACGCCGAGGUGUACGUAGAUCCCAGCCAGAUAUCGAGAUUAUUGGUUCCGCCCCAGCAGAUGGUCCAUCUCCACCUAAGCGCUCACAAGAGGCACAUAACAUCUCAUCCGAGGAUGUGUACAAAUGUCCGGUGUGCCUGGAGAACGUCCGUCAACGAGAGCCGUGCACGACGCGCUGUGGACACAUCUUCUGCAAGAGUUGCCUCACAUCCGCAGUGCAGUCCACACACAAGUGUCCUCUAUGCAACAAGAAGAUUACUCAACGCCAGCUAUUACGCAUUUACCUAUAAGUCCAUCUUUAAUUUUUGCAAGUUUCAUUAAUGUUCUAUUUUUAUCUUUUUCUUCAGAAUUGCCAUUGUUAUAAGUGGUCAGUUAAAUUAAAAAUAUUUAAACUGUUCUAAUGAUUAUGUUUAAGUCAUUCCACACGGCAAACUCUUUAUUUGUAUAAGGUCGCAUUUAAUCGAAAUCACAGUGAAUGAAAACCUUGACUAGCUUUAUCUAUAUGUAGAUUUUAUAUGCAGCUAUUAAUAAAAUAUACCAACUAGUA